AUGUCUGCUUUACCAGAAGAGGUCAAUAACACGCUGCUUCAAAUUGUGCAAGCCUUUGCUUCUCCAGAUAAUCAAAUUCGUUCUGUUGCAGAAAAGGCUCUUAGCGAAGAAUGGAUUACCGAAAAUAACAUCGAGUUUCUUUUGACCUUUUUGGCCGAACAAGCCGCUUUCUCUCAAGAUACUACUGUCGCUGCAUUAUCAGCUGUUUUGUUCAGGAAAUUAGCUCUAAAAGCACCUCCUUCUUCGAAACUCAUGAUUAUGUCCAAGAAUAUUACCCAUAUUAGAGAAGAAGUUCUUGUACAAAUUCGUUCUUCUUUGUUAAAAGGGUUUUUGUCGGAAAGAGCUGAUUCAAUUAGACACAAACUAUCCGAUGCAAUUGCAGAGUGUGUUCAAGAUGAUCUGCCAGCAUGGCCGGAACUGUUACAAGCUUUGAUAGAGUCUUUGAAGAGUGGUAACCCAAAUUUCAGAGAAUCCAGUUUUAGGAUUUUAACCACUGUACCUUACCUAAUUACCGCUGUGGAUAUCAAUAGCAUUCUACCGAUCUUUCAGUCGGGCUUCACCGAUGCAAACGAUAACGUCAAAAUUGCCGCGGUCACUGCAUUUGUCGGCUAUUUCAAACAGCUACCAAAAUCUGAAUGGUCCAAAUUAGGUAUUUUAUUGCCAAGUCUUUUGAAUAGUUUACCAAGAUUUUUAGAUGAUGGUAAGGACGAUGCCCUUGCAUCUGUUUUUGAAUCAUUGAUUGAGCUAGUCGAAUUAGCCCCAAAGUUAUUCAAGGAUAUGUUUGACCAAAUAAUACAAUUCGCUGACAUGGUUAUUAAGAAUAAAGAUUUAGAACCCCCAGCAAGAACCACUGCAUUGGAACUAUUAACAGUAUUCAGCGAAAAUGCUCCACAAAUGUGUAAAUUGAAUCAAAACUAUGGACAAACUUUAGUGAUGGACACUUUGAUUAUGAUGACUGAGGUAUCCAUUGAUGACGAUGAUGCAGCAGAAUGGAUAGAAUCGGACGAUACUGAUGAUGAAGAGGAAGUUACAUACGACCACGCUCGUCAAGCUCUUGACCGUGUUGCCCUAAAACUUGGUGGUGAAUAUUUGGCUGCCCCAUUAUUUCAAUAUUUGCAACAAAUGAUCGGAUCAACCGAAUGGAGAGAAAGGUUUGCCGCUAUGAUGGCUCUUUCCUCUGCCGCCGAAGGUUGUGCUGAUGUAUUGAUAGGUGAAAUUCCAAAAAUUUUAGAUAUGGUAGUCCCUUUGAUUAAUGAUCCACAUCCAAGAGUUCAAUACGGAUGUUGCAACGUGUUGGGUCAAAUAUCUACUGAUUUCUCUCCAUUUAUUCAAAGAACCGCUCACGAUAAAAUUUUGCCGGCCUUGAUAUCUAAAUUGACGUCCGAGUGCACUUCAAGAGUUCAAACUCACGCUGCAGCUGCUCUGGUCAACUUUUCUGAAUUUGCCUCUAAAGAUAUUCUUGAACCUUACUUGGAUAGCCUACUGACAAACUUAUUGGUUUUAUUACAAAGCAACAAGCUUUACGUACAAGAACAAGCUUUAACAACCAUUGCAUUUAUUGCUGAAGCGGCAAAGAAUAAAUUCAUCAAGUACUAUGAUACUUUAAUGCCUUUAUUAUUGAAUGUUUUGAAAGUAGACAACAAAGACAAUAGUGUAUUGAAAGGCAAAUGUAUGGAAUGUGCUACUCUGAUUGGUUUUGCCGUUGGUAAAGAAAAAUUUCACGAGCAUUCUCAGGAACUAAUUUCUAUAUUGGUUGCUCUACAGAACUCAGAUAUUGACGAAGAUGAUGCACUAAGAUCAUAUUUAGAACAGAGUUGGAGCAGAAUCUGUCGAAUCCUGGGUGAAGAUUUUGUUCCUUUGCUGCCAAUUGUUAUCCCACCUUUGUUGCUCACUGCCAAAGCCACACAGGACGUCGGGCUGAUUGAAGAAGAAGAAGCAGCAAAUUUCCAGCAAUAUCCGGAUUGGGACGUUGUUCAAGUUCAAGGCAAGCACAUUGCCAUCCAUACAUCUGUUCUAGACGAUAAAGUAUCAGCAAUGGAACUAUUACAAAGCUAUGCGACGCUUUUACGUGGUCAGUUCGCUGUAUACGUUAAAGAAAUUAUGGAGGAAAUUGCUUUACCAUCACUUGAUUUUUACUUACACGAUGGUGUUCGUGCUGCAGGCGCAACCCUUAUUCCCAUUUUAUUGUCUUGCUUACUUGCAGCGACAGGUUCUCAAAGUGAGGAGCUAGUGUUAUUAUGGCAUAAAGCUUCCUCCAAAAUAAUUGCUGGUUUAAUGUCAGAACCAAUGCCAGAAAUUACACAAGUAUACCAUAACUCUUUGGUAAAUGGUAUAAAAGUCAUGGGUGACAACUGCUUAAGCGAAGAUCAACAGGCAGGAUUUACCAAGGGUGUUUCUGCAAACUUAACCGACACUUACGAAAGAAUGCAGGAUCGUCAUGGUGACGGUGAUGAAUAUAAUGAAAACGUUGAUGAGGAGGAAGACUUUACAGAUGAAGACCUCCUAGAUGAAAUUAACAAGUCUAUCGCUGCAGUUUUGAAAACAACUAAUGGUCAUUAUUUAAAGCAGUUGGAAAACAUAUGGCCCAURAUAAACACUUUUCUGUUGGAUAGUGAGCCAAUUCUAGUCAUAUUUGCAUUAGUGGUAAUUGGCGAUCUGGUUCAAUAUGGAGGUGAUCAAACUGCUAGUAUGAAGAGUGCAUUUAUUCCGAAAGUAACUGAAUGCCUGGUUUCUCCAGACACUCGUAUUCGUCAAGCUGCCUCCUACAUAAUCGGUAUUUGUGCCCAGUAUGCUCCAUCCACAUAUGCUGACGUUUGCAUACCCACUUUAGAUACACUUGUUCAGAUUGUGGAUUUCCCAGGCUCAAAGCUAGAAGAGAAUCGUUCUUCUACCGAGAACGCCAGCGCAGCCAUCGCCAAAAUCCUUUAUGCAUACAACUCGAACAUUUCUAACAUGGACACAUACACAGCAAAUUGGUUCAAGACUUUGCCAACAAUUACUGACAAAGAAGCUGCCUCAUUCAACUAUCAAUUUUUGAGCCAUUUGAUUGAAAACAAUUCACCAGUUGUAUGUGCACAAUCUAAUAUCCCAACUGUAGUUGAUUCGGUUAUUCAAGCUUUAAAUGAAAGAAGUUUGACUGAACAAGAAGGUCAAACUGUGAUAAGUUCAGUCAAGAAAUUGUUAGGAUUUUUGCCUUCUAAUGACGCUAUGGCAAUUUUCAACAGAUAUCCAGCUGAUAUUAUGGAAAAAGUACAUAAAUGGUUUGCAUGA